UCUCUAUUGGCUUGGGCAUACGUCAAACGCUUGGCUCUCACAGGAAUGAUAGUAGUCGGACAAGCGGGCCUAGGUAGCCACUUACGAAAGGGAUCCAACUUGGUACCGUACUUCCAUCAGUAUUUCCUAAAUGGGGUCAAGCAGCCAACGCCAGAUUUUGGACGGAUGCUGCCCCGCUGACAGGUAGUAUUGAUACCCCCGGGAAGCAAACUUCCCGCUGCUUCGAAGGUUGGCCCGACUUCUCCUGGACAUGACUAGUCAAGCAAAUGCGCGAGUAUGAUAGCUCCUUCAUCCAUACUUUAUCAGGAUCCAGAAGCCACCACUUUUUUAAUUGAUAUCCCUGUAUCAAUCGCUCGCGCACAAUCGCUUGUCCAACAUCGUUCAUCACCACCUUCGUUCUCGACAACGUCACCUUCCGUCCCUGAACAUGGCAGGAACCGAAUACUACUUUCAGCACCGCCUCUCCGAGAACCAUAUCCUGCUCGUACAGAGCCAAAAACCGAUGCUGCACGGGCAAACGUACUCGAAAGAACGCCCCUUUCUGAAAGGCUUUUUCACUCCGAGAUCCUUGAACCCCUUGUAACAAAGGGGUUGACCCGGAUUCGCGAUGUGCUCGAGUCCGAGUUUCGGUGGUGUUUACCGCGGACUGAGGCUGAUCCUAACGCACAGGAAGCAACUUGCGGGGUGAAACUUGACGAUGAGGCCUUUAUCGCAAGAAAGAGAAAGAGAACUGAGCAGACCGGCGGCGAGAGACGCGAGACUGUAGACGCUACUUUCGAGCUAGCCAACUCUGAUACUGCUGCUCCUGCUACGCCCAUUGACAGACGCGUUUCGCAUGAUCCACCAUUGAUCUUAUCCCCAGGCGUAAACAGCUUCAGCUCCAUGUCAGAAUUUUGCGACCUCGUGGUCCGAAAUACGUCAUUACAAUCGGCUACGAUACAGGUCUUCUGUCCGAUUAUGAUGACAGACAGUGCAAGGUGCCGCCAUAGCCAGCACCAUCGAGCAAAUCCUCUCCACUCUUUUUACAUCCCACCACUAUCAAGCUUCCUGCAGUGCAAAAUUCCUAUGUCACACCCAGGGGCACACUCGGAUCCCAUCCCAGGUCUCCCACGUCAUGAAACAUUCAACCUCAUCCUUCUCGACCCACCCUGGGCGAACCGCUCCGUCCGUCGCAGUGGCCAUUACCAAACCCAGACUUACCGCGACUGGGACUUGCUCACUCAGCGCAUAUGCCAGAUCUUAUCCGUACAUCUCGUCAAGGACUGUUCUGGGGUAUCAGCCGAGGGAACUGACCGGAAAGAAAACGGCAGAGCUGCGGACGCCAUAGCAGCCAUCUGGAUCACCAAUUCAGGGAAAGCCCGUAAGACAGCCUAUGAAGCGAUGCAGGUUGCCGGGCUGGCAGUUUGCGAGGAGUGGGUAUGGGUUAAGACGACGACAGAGGGGGAGCCCAUCACACCAGUUGGGGCUCUCUGGCGAAAACCGUAUGAGAUCCUGGUAAUUGGGAAAAGGGCAGGCUGUGGACCCCGAGAAACUCAUUCCCAGUCGCGCGCCAGGAAGGCCGAGGAUGGCGUCGUUAGGAGAGUCAUUGCGGCGGUCCCAGAUAUCCAUUCACGGAAGCCGAAUCUACGGGAGGUUUUUGAGCAGGUGUUCUUCUCCGAUGGGCCGGUGGACGAGGCUGGUAUGCGGUACCGUGCUCUGGAGGUUUUUGCGCGCAAUCUGACUGCGGGAUGGUGGGCGGUUGGUGACGAAGCUCUGAAGUUCAACUCGGAGGAAUGGUGGGUCGAAAGCUGAACGAGCAGGACGGGGUGGGUUUCCCAAUGACUAUGGUUGAUUUUUGUAUCUCUAUUCCUGGCUUCGGAGAGUAUCUAUUUACAGUUCUCACUUCCCAGUAGCCAAUGCCCAAUAAGUGGAUAGCAGGGUAUCAGCAUCACUACCUUACAUCCCUAGCAAGCAUCACUCACCGGUCUACUUUAA